AUGAUGCAGGAUCACGGUCAUCACUCAAGCAGAAAGACACUGGUAGCCUCGCCAGAAGUCGCAAUGGCUAGCGAGGUCUUUGAUCUCUUCUGUAACGCCGCAACAUUAAAAUCCAUCCUUGGACAUUUUCGCCAUCUUUGUGAUCUUCUUAAUAUGCGGCCUAAUACCUUUCCACAAUUUUAUCCUAAGUUUAAAUCUAAAUUGAGAUCAUGGAAGGCUCAAGCGUUAUGGAAAAAAUUCGAUCAACGAGCUAAUCACAAGUGCUAUAAUAGAGGAAAAGCUUGUCCUAAUUCUAGAGUUCUAAUUAUUGGUGGUGGUCCAUGUGGCCUAAGAGCAGCAAUAGAAGCCCAAUUAUUAGGAGCUAAAGUUGUAGUAGUAGAAAAAAGAGAUCGUAUGUCUCGAAACAAUGUUCUUCAUCUUUGGCCUUUUGUAAUUCAAGAUUUACGUGCACUAGGAGCUAAAAAAUUUUUUGGUAAAUUUUGUGCUGGAUCAAUAGACCAUAUAAGUAUACGUCAAUUACAAUGCAUCCUUUUGAAAGUAUCUUUAAUUUUGGGCGUUGAAUUUCACGAAGGAGUAAGUUUUGAUGCUUUAAUCCCACCACCUGAAAGUCAAGAUGAAGGGAAAAUAGGCUGGAGAGCUAAAACUACUCCUAGUGAUCAUCCAGUAUCUCAGUAUGAAUUUGAUGUGCUUAUUGGUGCUGAUGGAAAGAGAAAUACAUUAGAAGGUUUUAGAAGAAAAGAAUUUCGUGGGAAACUCGCGAUAGCAAUUACUGCUAAUUUUAUCAAUAAACGAACUGAAGCAGAGGCACGUGUUGAAGAAAUAAGUGGUGUUGCUUUUAUUUUUAAUCAAAAAUUUUUUAAGGAAUUGUAUCAAGAAACAGGAAUUGAUCUUGAGAAUAUUGUUUAUUAUAAAGAUGAUACACAUUAUUUUGUUAUGACUGCAAAAAAACACAGUCUUAUUGAUAAAGGAGUUAUUCUUCAAGAUCAUGCAGAUACUGCAAAAUUAUUAGCUAAAGAAAAUGUAGACCGGGAUGCAUUAAUGCUUUAUGCUCGUGAAGCAGCUGAUUUUUCAACUCAGUAUCAAAUGAUGGAUAUGGAGUUUGCUGUCAAUCAUUACGGACAACCAGAUGUGGCAAUGUUUGAUUUUACCUCAAUGUAUGCGGCUGAAAAUGCUAGUCGAGUUCUGGAAAGACACGGGCACAGAUUAUUAAUGACGUUAGUGGGUGAUAGUUUAUUAGAGCCUUUUUGGCCAACAGGUUCAGGUUGUGCAAGAGGUUUUUUAAGUUCUAUGGAUGCUGGUUGGGCUAUCAAAGGAUGGGGUGCAUCUUCGUCUCCAUUAGAAGUCCUUGCAGAACGUGAAUCAAUUUAUAGACUGCUUGGCCAAACAACUCCCGAAAAUCUUAAUCGUGAUUAUGCAGCUUACACAUUAGAUCCGCACACCAGAUAUCCUAAUCUCAACGUCAGGUCUGUUUCAACUAUUCAAGUACGAGGACUUCUUGAUACUGAUGAUCCAGACAAUAUUAAACCACUACCCGUCCUAUCUUCUGUUGAUGUGCCGAAAAAACGAAGGCGCAGAGACAUACAAAUACAUCCUGAUACGCUUUUACACUGGUUGCAGAAACAAGUGGCUUUAUACGACACCGUUAAAAUAACGGAUAUGACAUCAUCAUUCAAAGAUGGUAUGGCAAUAUGUGCUAUUGUUCAUCGAUAUCGCCCGGAUUUGAUAGAUUUUAAUUCUCUCAAGUCUGAUGACGUUGAAAAAAAUAAUCAAUUGGCUUAUGAUGUACUAGAAAAAGAACUAGGUAUUUCACCGAUAAUGACAGGUGAAGAAAUGGCUCAGUGCGAUGUCCCUGAUAAAUUAGCUAUGUUUUCCUAUCUUACACAAAUUUAUGAGGCAUUCCGCGGUGAAAUUCCUCAUAUAAAGCAUCCAAAACUCGAGCCAGAUACAGAUGAUAAUCCACUGUAUAAUAAACAAUUGGGACAAACACUUGGGACAAAAUUACAAAUCAACCGUUUACCGAAACACGAAACACUAAUAAGACCAAGACACUCACGUUUUUCACGUCACAACAAUGAAAAUGUCCAAACAAUUGUGGAUAAAAAAGCCGAAGGAAGUCUUGGAAGAAGAUCUCGAAAACGACGCAGUAAUGAAAAAAUGGGAGCUACAGUCGAGGAGCGACAAAAGAGACUAGAAGAGAUUGUGAGCAAUCGGAAUGAACGAAUGAGAAGAAGACAAUUUUUAAGAAAAAUGGCAACCCAGCAGUUUUAUAAGAGCUUACAGAUGUUACAAGCUAACGCGAAACGCGAUAAAGAAGAACCCUUUGAAGAUUACUCGAUAUUUUUAUAUCGGCAAACAGCACCCGACUUCAAGGAUCGGGUCAAAGAGUUAGAGCAGAAAAUACUUUACCCAGAUAGAGAGCCAAAAAUGCUUUUACAGUACAAAGGUGGCAUGGAUGAUGACUUCUCUGGUAGAAUAAAAGAUAUAGAAGAUAAACUUCGAGGAACUACAUCUUCAGAGAAAAAACCUCGGGAUCUUUUACGUGCUAUUGGUAAAAUCGAAAAAACCGAUUGGAAUGUAAAAGAAAUAGAAAAAAAAAUUGAAGAAAAUAAACUUGGUAAAGGAAUUCGACAAGAUAAAGUAGAACGAGUACCAAAAUGGAGUCGUGAACAAUUUCUUGCUCGUCAAAUAAAAAUGGAAAAGAAAGGGCGUGAUCCAAAUGAUCCAGAACAUAAAUAUGCUGAAAUUGAUAAUACAUUAAAAUGUAUCGAUCGAAAAAUUAAAGAGGGUAAUAUUUUGGGGCACAAUAAAGUAUCUGCAAUGGCAGAACAAUUUGCUAAUAAAAAUCAAGACUCUGAACCAAAAGUUCAAAGAUCGAACUCUAAAGCCGCAAUUAUUUUACCAACACAAGGAGGUUCAGAAAUGUGCCAUUUUUGUGAUAAAAGAGUAUAUCUUAUGGAAAGAUUGACUGCGGAAGGCAAAUUUUUUCAUCGGGGUUGUUUCCGUUGUGAAUAUUGUUCAACUUCUCUCCGUAUUGGAAAUCAUACGUUCGACAGAGAUAAAAAUGGUGGUCGGUUUUAUUGUACUCAACAUUUUGGAUUACCAGGUACAAUAAAAACAAGAAUAGAAAAGAAAAAACUUCCUUUACUCAAUAAAGAAAAUAUACCAGCAACGUCAGAAAAGAAAAAAUUAACAGACAAGAUGCACACAUUAAAACCACCACUGGAUGGAGUAGCUGGCUUAGAUCUUCUCGACCGUGGUCAAACACCUGAGAGAAUAGAAUUUGAAAAUUUGGCAGAAAUGUCAGAUGCUGAAGAAGCUCACAGCCAAAUGGAUGAAGAUGAGUGGACGGAUAGAAAUUUUGGUGCUUCUGCAGCAGAAAUGGGAUCUAGUGAUGAUAUUUCAGAUAUGAGUGACUCUGAUGAAGAAAACGAAAUCUACGAAGAAGCUAUUGAUCAACCGCUAACAACCGAAGGUACAAUCGAACUCGCGAAAAAUUGGACACUAAGGUACUCUCAUCCGCACACGACAACUGGAAACUCUGAUACUGGUAGUAAUGAGUACGAGGACUCUAGUGAUGAAUACACAAGCGAAGACGAAGAAACUGGCACAGCAACCGAAGACGAAGAAGACGCGCGUGCGAGAGAGCUGAGGAAGCAGGAGGUGUGGCUGAAGAUGCCGCUGCGGGAGUCCGACACGGAGACUGGCUCAGAAACAGAGGUGAAAAAAUCAUCAAAGGACACUUUAUCUCCAUUAUCCGAAAACUCAACCGCGGCCAGUGACAAACUUUUCGUAGAAGCAAUAAUGGGUAACAAAGUAGAUUUAGAUAAUAAAGAGCCCAGUGAAACAACUAUAGGAAAGGUAUUAGAUUGUAAUCCGUCCAAUGAACAUGAAGGUAUAGGAAUUAAUUCACUAAUAUUUGAUGAAACGAAAUCUCCUGAAGUUUCGGUAAUUAUCGGUGACAAUUGUACUGUUGGAGAAAAUAAAAGCAAUCUACCUGAUUUAGUUGCUUCUUCACCGGGUCUUGCCGAAAAACAAUUUGCUUCAGUUACCGAUCAAUCAUUUGAUGAUAGUUUUACUGAAGCCAAUGAUGAUUUUCUUGAAGCGCAAAACGAACUUGUAACUUGUGAACAGUUGACUGAUCUACGUGAUAACAAAAUGACUGAUAUUAAUAAAAAAUACAAUUAUUCAACAGACAAUAUGACAGAUAAUUUAAAAAAAAAUACUCCUGAAAAACAAACGACAUUGGACUCCUUUAAUAUUUUAAAACAAGAAAUAAAAUUAAGAAGAGAUAAGAAAAAUAUCAAUUUAACUCCAUUAAGACCUUUAUCUCGAGAAACGGCGCGUUCGAAAAUGAAUCAGUACUUUGAUGCUAUGAAAGAUGAACAAUUAAAUAAUCAAACAACAAAAAACGUUCAAAUUGAACCAACUGUUGAAAUUGAUAUAAAGUCACACGUGUCAAACAAAAUUAAUUCAAAAGAUUUAGAGAAAUAUUUUCAAAGUAAUUCUAACGAAAACAAAAUAAAAAAUGAAGCUUUGAAUUCUAAUUUAUCUAACUCUAUUAAUAAUAUUGAUGGCGCAGAUCCUUUUACUAAUCAAUCCAUCUUGUCUGACGUAAUUUCAGUUUCUCCUGUCGUAUUGUCUGAUGAAAUCUCUGAGUCAAAUAUACCAUUGAAUAAUUUAACUAAAAUAGAAAAAACAAAUGAUGAAAAAUUGUCCGGUGAGCUUAUUAAAAAAGUAUCUGUAACUGCAAAAGAAAUUGAAUUACCAAAAAAAAUAAUUUUAACUGACGAUGAAAAUGCAACAAAUCAAAUACCAAAAAUACCAGAACGUAAACGUAUUUCUAGGGAAUUAAAAAGUAAAUUAGUUUAUGAUAAGGGUCUCUCGAAAAUAAACGAUGAAAAAAAUAAUGAAACUUCAAAAUUAACUUUAGUUGCAUCAGAUGAAGAUUCAAGUGAAAAUCGUCGAGAAAAUUCAGCAACUGAAAUUUCGACCGAUUCAGAAUUCGAGCACGACGGUACUACUCCAACGCAAAAUGAAUUUCCUGAGAUAACUAUUAAUGAUUGUUUUGUACGUAAAACACGUGGUCAGUAUAUAGAACCAAAGAAAGUACAAGUAAAAAGUAAAAUAAUAUCUCCAGUAAAUGGAAAAGUAAAGCCAGAUGAAAAAAAUGAUACUGGUUCUACAAAUAAAACAAGUAUUAUUAAAACAAAUAAUUCUUUACGGCCAGUUAAUAUAAAUGCAGUGCCUUUAGUAAACCCCCGUAAAGGUGAUUACUUAUUAAAUCGUACUCACUCAACUGAAGGAAUUGCCUCUAAAUUGUCACUAGAAUUGAAGAAAAGAUAUCUAUUAGGUGGAACAGUAUUAGGUGGUACUGUUAUAAAAUCUGGAUCAACCUCAAAUGUUGAUACCAAGUUACGAAACUUUACCGAUACAAUUUCACAACAUCAAAAAUUGUUAAAUCCUGCUCCUGAGCCUAGUCCUACUAUGCAAGCAUUUUUACAAGGCACUAAUAAAUUGAGAUCUACUUCUAAUAUUCCAUUAUCUCCUAUUUCAUCAACUGAAUUGUUAACCAGAUCUCCAUUAAAAACUGUUAAGCUACCAGAAAUAGAUAAAUCUAAAGACCGUCAAAAUUAUACGAGGAUUCCUUUACCAGAUUUGAUAAAAGAAACAAAUGUUAUGAAAGCUAAUAAAGAUCCGAAUACAACUUGUACUGAAUCAUCAAAGCAAGUUAAUAUUGUUGAAAACGAAGUUAAAGAAGAAAAAGGGGUAAAUGAAUUUAAAAUGGCAGAAAAAGUUAGUGAACCAAUUGAAGAAGUUCAUAAAGAAAAGAUUUAUGAAAAUCAAGAAAUUGAAAGUAACAAAAAAUCAAAAAUUAACCUACCUGAGAUAUCUGCGGAUGUUAUUCAAGUGAACUGGAAUAAAAUAUCAAUAAACAAAGAAGAUGAUAAUAGUACUGAUGAUUCUGAAAUGGAUAGUGAUUCUCUUUCAUCAAAUUCUAAAAGUGAUCUCAAUGUUGAUAAUAAUAAAGAACAAAAAGAUGACGAAACUCAUAGAAAUUUAUCAUCUCGUUCACAAGUUCGCGAUACACCUGAAAAUUUAUUAAUUGACGAUAAAGUAGAUAAGUAUAAAGAUGAAGAUACAGGAAUGACAUUCGAACCUGAUUCUAUUGAAUGUGUUAUGAACGUUAGAGAUGAAAUAAAUGAAGAAAGAGUAAAUAGUGUUGAACCAUCGAGAUCGAUAAAUGUAUGGUCACGUUCAUCAAAUAAUGAUAAUAAAAAUUCAGUAUAUGAUAUAGAAACCGUCAACAAUAAUUUUAAACAAAUAGAUUUGAAAGAAUUUUGCUCAAGUAUAAGUAAUUGUAGUAGUCCAACGUCUUUGGCUUCAAUUAUUUCAAAUAAACAAGACGAUUCUAUUGAUAAUGACUUAACAACUGCAGCAUUAACUGAAACUGAAUUUUCAGAAUGGGCACGAGAUGGUGAAGGAUUCGUUAUUGCUGAUUUAAAAGAUGCUGAAUUCGAUGGUAGUUCUCGAGGUGGUAAACUUUCAAUGAAUAAUUUGCAAGGUAGUGCAAGAAUUGCGAAAGAAGAAGAAGAUUUAACAGACAUUGAAUCAUCUGAAGGCAUUUUUAGUUGUCCUGAUCGCACAGAAAUGCCAACAAAUGAUACGUCAAAAUUAUUGGCUGAUGGAGAAGAUAUUGAUUACAUGGAUACUGACAAUGAGUCCUUAUUAGAUAGUUUACGAGAUGCUACAAAUAUACCACUAAUAAAAAAUCGCGGUUAUGUUGAAUUUGUAAAUGUAACUGGUAUUACUUCUUCAAAUUCUAAAAACUCUUGUUCACCGUUUGCUGAUGCUCCAAUUGCUAAAGCAGAAGCUGAACCUGAACUUUGUUCUGAUGAAGAAAAAUACGACGACAAUGUUAUUAAAAUAAAUUUGGUAACUGUUGAUGACGUGAGAAAUCGUUUAAGUAAUUGUACGAUUAAUACAGAACAAAGAAAUAAUGAUAUUGAAAUAAUGAAAAAAGAACCGCUAAUAGUUGAAGCUGUUAAUCGUGAUAUUCUACAGUCUAUGGAUGAAGAUAGUCUGUUGAUUGUUGAACCUGCAGAAGAUACAACAACCAGUGAGCUCACAACAAUAUUAGCCAGUCCUGAAUAUCCUGUUUCGCAAAGUCAAACACAAUCAAAAGCUAAUAAUGAAAGUUAUAAAUUAGAAGAAAAUAAUCCAGAUUAUCUUGAAUACGUAAAACGGUUACAAUCUAGAAUUGCAGAAUUUAGUAAUGCUAAAGACUCAAUUGAUGUUAGAAAAUCAAAACGGAAAAAUUCUAAAAAUUCACUUCAAGAGUGUUCAACAGAAAUAAUUGCUGAAGAAGUUAAAGGCCCAUGGGCUACAUCAAAUCUAUGUUAUAAUUCACCGGCGACAUCGCGAAAGCUUGAAGAAAUAACUCGAGAACGUUCUAAACAAAAAAAUCUUAUUCAGGAUUUAUUGAUGGAUAAAAUAGAAGCUCAUAAACAAAAAUCAGCUGAAAAAAAAGCUAAAAGAGCUGCUAGAAAUACAUCAUUUAACUCAGGCAUGCAAUUAUAUUCACCAAAACCACCCCACAGUGAAUCUGAUAAAUCAUUAAGCAAUAUGUCUGUUACUCCGUCUAAAACAAGUACUCCAACACAUACAACAUUUGCUGAAGCCAAAAAAUCUCUUGAAAUUCCAUCAACUAAUGAAAAAAGAUUUGAUAGUAAAAUUUAUCAAGAAAUUUCUGAUGACGAUGCUAAUAAAAAAAAAUUGAUGACAAAUAAUUAUUCUGAUAAAAGUAACAGUGACAAAAUUAUUAGUCAAGUUAAUAAUGAAAAUUUCAAAACACCAGUAGCGCCACCCAGAACAAAGCAUGAAGAAGCAAGAAGAACUGCUGAAAAAGCUAAACAAGAAGCACGAGAAAGAGCAAGAUUGAAAAGUGAUGAAGAUUUGGGUCUAAGUCCUGAAGAUAGAAUAAAACAAUUGCGAUUAAAAAUAACACAAAGACAAUUGUCAAUGGAAGAUAGACGAAAAUGUGAAAAUGAAGAUGUUUCUAAUUUGAAAACUAGAGCUUACAGUUUUACUUUUCAAAAAUCUGAAUCUUCAUUACAACCAAGUAAAAGUACAGAUAAUAUGAAAGUAUUAACCAAAAAAAUAGAUUUUCCAGCUACUAAUGCUAAGUCAAUGAGUGAGCUAGCUUACAAUAAAGAUCCUGAAGAAAAAUUGUCAUUGGACACUGCUGUUAAGCGCAGUAAAAAGAAAACUAAAGAUCCAGAAAGAAGAAGAAGCAUAAUUCAAGCCGUGUCAGACUUUUUCAAGAAAAAAGAAACAGCUUCAUCGCCAACAAGUCCAAAAGACAAGGGUUUAGGAUUCUCUAGAUUAACAACUAAAUUGAAAGAAAGAGGGAAGUUAAAAUGGUACUCAGAAGGGUCCGAUAUCGAUAAAUUGGAUCGUAAAUUUGAUGAAAGACCCAAAAGUGUUUGCGAAUCAAUUUUAAUUGAAAACUUCAUGGUAUCUUUGCCACCUGUACCACCACCUCCAAUUAAUUAUCCAGAUGUGACAGUACAUGUUUCGGAUGACAGCUUAUCUGAGGAAGAUUCAAAAAUGACACAUUCACAAUUACAAAAAACUGCAAACUUGGACGGAUCGUGUAAUAGUAUAUCACGUAAAUUAAAAAACACUAAAAAAUUGGUCCGUCAAGCUCAGUCGAAGAGAUUAAGAAUAGCACAAGAAAUUCAACGUAAACUCGAAGAAACAGAAGUGAAACAACGUGAUUUAGAAAGCAGAGGGGUUAGUGUCGAAAAAGCACUUCGGGGUGAAGGAGAUUCUUCUGGUCGCGAAGAAACUGAUUUAUUAGGCGAAUGGUUUGAUUUAAUGCGAGAACGUACUGAACUACGCCGUUACGAGAAAGAACUUUUGGUCCGAGCUGAAGAAGUCCAAUUAGAGGAUCGUCAUGAUAGAUUGCAACAAGAAUUACGAGAAAGAUUAGCUGACGAUGAUGAUAAAAAGACAUCCGCUGACGUAAAGAAGGAAGGAGAAAUAUUAACAGAAAUGCUAGAAAUUGCAGCAAAACGAGAUUCAUUGGUAGCGUUACUCGAGGAGGAACGACAAAGAUAUAAAAAUGAAGAAAAAGAUCUCGAGGCUCAAAUGCUAGCUAAAGGCUUAACUUUAACACCAAUUGAGAAGGAUGAUUCCAAAUAUUUAAUUUAG